AUGGAUUUGGGUAUGGCGUAUAAGGAUUCUAGCUGGUGGGUUUUCACUUUGCCUGCAUUUCUUGGCUCUGAAAAUAUUCUGGAUGAGUAUAUACUUCUUGCAAUAUUACUGGCUGCUUUAUUUCUUGCUGUUUUUACAUGGGUUGUUUCUCCCGGCGGCACAGCAUGGAAAAAUGGCAGAAAUCGACAUGGGGCUGUUCAAAUCCCCGGGCCGAGAGGUUUACCAGUAUUCGGAAACCUGUUUAAUCUCAGCCGGGGCUUGGCCCAUCGCUCUUUAGCCGCCAUGGCUGUAGCUUGCAAAGCUAAGCAGCUCAUGGCGUUCAGCCUCGGCGCCACCCCUGUUGUAGUGGCUUCAGAUCCUCUUACUGCAAAAGAGAUUUUAACCUCUCCUCACUUUGCUGAUCGGCCUAUUAAGCAGUCGGCUAAGAGCCUGAUGUUUAGCCGAGCAAUUGGGUUUGCUCCUAAUGGAACCUACUGGAGGCUCCUCCGCCGCAUUGCUGCCUCCCACCUCUUCGCUCCCCGCCUCAUUGCGGCGCACGAAGCUGGCCGUCAAAUGGACUGCUCCGCCAUGUUGAGGGACAUAGAAUAUGAACAGGCACUCAACGGGAGAGUCUCUUUAAAGAAGCAUUUACAAGCUGCAGCAUUAAAUAACAUAAUGGGGAGCGUUUUUGGUAAACGUUACGACCAGGCUGGGUCUAGCGAGGAGCUCAAGGAACUGAAGGGCAUGAUUAGAGAAGGGUUUGAGCUUUUAGGUGCAUUCAAUUUUUCAGAUUAUUUGCCAUGGAUUUCGUACUUCUACGACCCGUUUAGGAUUGUUUCUCGGUGUGAAGAACUCGUCCCACGGGUUCGAAAUCUGGUGAAGGGAAUAAUUGAGGAACAUAAACUGAAAAAUCAAAGUGAAAAUAUUGCUGAUCCUGAUGAUUUUGUUGAUGUUUUGCUCCAUUUGGAGGGUGAAGAGAAGCUGAAUGAAGAUGAUAUGAUUGCUGUUUUGUGGGAAAUGAUAUUCAGAGGAACUGAUACAACUGCCUUGCUAACUGAAUGGGUUAUGGCGGAGCUGGUGUUGCACCCGGAGAUUCAAAGGAAGCUGCAGGAAGAAAUCGAUGGUACGGUCGGGAGCCGAAACAUUACAGACGCUGACACGGCGAAGCUUCCCUACUUGCAAGCAGUGAUCAAGGAGACUUUAAGGGUUCAUCCUCCGGGGCCGCUCCUCUCGUGGGCCAGGCUUUCCACGGCGGAUGUCGAACUCAGCAAUGGAAUGGUGGUUCCGGCUAACACGACGGCUAUGGUCAACAUGUGGUCAAUUACCCACGACGCGGAUGUAUGGGAAGAUCCAUUGGAGUUUCGUCCUGAAAGGUUUCUGACAGCCCAUGGUGGGAAGGAUUUUGACGUGAGAGGUUGUGAUUUAAGAUUGGCACCUUUCGGGGCCGGCCGCAGGGUCUGCCCGGGCAAGAAUUUGGGACUUGUGACUGUGGCUCUUUGGGUGGCGAAGCUGGUGCGCCACUUCGACUGGGCGGAGGAUAAGGCUAAUAUGGUUGAUCUUAGUGAAGUUUUGAAGCUGUCUAGUGAAAUGAAGUAUCCACUGUUUGCUGUUACCGAGUCAAGGAAGGUUCUAUUUUAG